UCCACGAUCAUAAACACAAACAUACUGUUUCUUUUUCGUUUCUCUUUCUCUUAAUUUGAUUUUUUCCAUUGCAUUACGCAAUUACUUGCAGAAGAUGGGACUCCAUGAUCCCAAGCUUUCGAGGUUACAUUGAUUCAACAGCUUCAAAUUUCUAUUCACUGAUGUUUUUGAUCGACCAUGCUCCUUAUCGAUGAUUCUACAACACGCUUCUUCCAUUUCACACUUCUCUUCACUCUCUCCUUCUCUCUGUCCUUGUAACGCAGCAUUUCCGUUCUCCAGAAGAACCAGAAAGCGGUUAUUCGGAAAUUUCGGUUCCCGCAAAUUCCGCAGAAAACGCACCGUUCGCCUCUGCGCCCUUCCUUCCGACGCUUCCAACCCGAACUGGAAUUCAGAAUUCGCAAGUUCCGCGCGGAGAACCGCCGCAACGUUCGUUCUCAAACGAAUUUCCAGUGAACUCGACGAAGACAACAACAUCAGCAACGAUGUUGAUGAAACCGAGCUGCACGAUUUAGCUUCGCCGUCCUCGUCGUCGCCGUCGGCGGCGGUUCAAUUAGGUUCAAACUUCACCGGUUUCCAAGAGGAUCCUAUUGUGGAUAAGCUGAGGACGCAGCUAGGGGUUAUUCACCCGAUUCCGUCGCCUCCGAUUAACCGCAACGUGGUUGGCCUGUUUGUGUUCUUCUUCUUCGUUGGCGUAGUGUUCGAUAAACUGUGGACUUCGCGGCGGCGGAGCAAGAGCAGCGGUGAGGAUGGGCUGCGCGGCGUGUGGCCGCAGGUGCCGACGAGCUUUUCGCUGUUCCUGGAGAAGGAUUUGCAGAGGAAGGAGUCCGUGGAGUGGGUGAACAUGGUGCUAGGGAAGCUGUGGAAGGUGUAUAGAGGUGGAAUCGAGAACUGGAUUAUAGGGUUGCUUCAGCCUGUGAUUGACAACUUGAAGAAGCCUGAUUACGUUGAGAGGGUUGAGAUUAAGCAGUUCUCGUUAGGAGAUGAACCCUUGUCUGUUAGGAAUGUUGAGCGCAGGACUUCCCGCAGGGUCAACGACUUGCAGUACCAGAUAGGGCUUAGGUACACAGGUGGUGCUCGCAUGCUGUUGAUGCUUUCUCUGAAAUUUGGCAUCAUUCCAAUUGUCGUACCUGUUGGUGUUCGAGAUUUUGACAUCGAUGGCGAACUUUGGGUAAAAUUAAGACUAAUACCAACGGAACCAUGGGUGGGAGCUGUUUCAUGGGCUUUCGUUUCACUUCCCAAGAUCAAGUUUGAACUAUCUCCAUUCCGUCUGUUCAAUUUAAUGGCAAUUCCAGUUCUCUCGAUGUUUUUGACUAAACUUCUCACUGAAGAUUUACCCAAACUAUUUGUACGUCCAAAGAAAAUAGUUUUAGAUUUCCAAAAAGGAAAAGCUGUGGGUCCAGUUGCCGCUGAUGUUAAAUCUGGAGAAAUGCAAGGAAAUAAAGAUUCUGUGGGUGAACUAUCUGUUACUCUGGUGGAUGCUCGAAAACUUUCUUAUAUUUUCUAUGGCAAGACAGAUCCUUAUGUUGUUCUUAGCCUUGGUGAUCAAGUUAUACGGAGCAAAAAGAAUAGUCAAACUACCGUAAUUGGACCCCCAGGAAUGCCAAUUUGGAAUCAGGAUUUUCAUAUGCUCGUUUCCAACCCUAGAAAACAGAAGUUAUUCAUUCAAGUAAAGGACGCUCUAGGGUUUGCAGAUUUGACUAUUGGUACAGGAGAGGUUGAUUUGGGGUCUCUUAAAGACACUGUACCAACAGACAAAAUUGUGGUUUUACAAGGAGGUUGGGGAUUUUUAGGAAAGCGCUCUUGUGGCGAGAUAUUACUUCGGCUAACAUAUAAAGCAUAUGUGGAGGAUGAGGAAGAUGAUAAAACUGAGAUGAGCUCCAUUUAUACUGAUGUUUCUGAUGACGAGUUGUCUGAUUCGGAAGCAAAUGUCACUGACGAGAGGGAGGAAAGAAAUUCUUUGUACGAAACAGAUAAAGAGUCAUUUAUGGAUGUUUUGGCAGCAUUAAUUGUGAGCGAAGAAUUUCAGGGGAUAGUAGCAUCUGAAACAGGGUUUGGCAAAGUUUUGGAUAAUGGCUCAAAUGCUGCGUCUAAAGUGUCAAAGUCUCCCGUUCCCAAUGCUGAACCAACUCCUUCUAGUUCUGAUAAUUCUGAAGGCUCUGGAGGGUCAGCCUUACUUUGGCUUGCUGUGAUUACUAGCGUAUCACUACUAAUUUCUCUCAAUGUUGGGGGAUCCAAUCUCUUCAAUCCUUAAGGUUGGGCAGUAGAUAUAAUUAGAUUGUUCUUCUUUUAUCCUUUGCUAUAGUGAUUGUAUAUUCAUUAGUGCUUCUGACGGAGGAAAGCAUCUACCAGCGGCGCAUAUUUUUGGCUUCGUUUUGUGAGAGCCACAGAUUUUAUUUCUGCUUAAAUCUGUAUUAUUAAUUGUCUAUAUACAAACAUUUUGUUUUAUACCCGGCAAUAAUAAAAUAGAAUAACAGUUUUCUCA